UGCAGGAGGAGCCCAAAAUCAACAAGAGGGCUUGGCACCAAAUUUCACUACCAAACCAGCAACUCGCCAAGUUGGUAAGAAUCUUGUGAUGGAAUGUCAACUCAGUGCAGAUCCAAAACCUACAAUUGAAUGGUUCCGUGAUGACACAAAAUUAGCAGCAGGAGGCAACAUUACAAUGCGCAUGGAUCCGAAAGGGCCCAAGGCUUAUGCCCUCACACUAGAAAUAAAAAACGUUGGUAAUGCUGAUGCAGGGUCUUAUAAAAUCGUGGCGAAGAAUGAUCUUGGAGAGAGCAAUGCUACCAUUAAGUUGAACUUUGAUAGUAAACAAACGGAAGCUGGCAAGGCUCCACAUUUCACCCAAAAACCUAUUAUAAAACAACCUCAGAAAAAUCAACUUACAAUGACAUGCAAUCUUGAAUCAAGCUCCCAACCUGUUAUCAAAUGGUUUCGUGAAGCUACAGAAAUCAAGCAAGGUGGACGUUACACUAUCCAAACAACUAAGGACCCUAAAGGUCCUAAUAUGUAUAUUAUCGUGCUGACAAUCAAAGAUCCAGCACCAGCCGAUGGUGGAGUAUAUAAGUGUGUUGCUUCAAAUGAGAAUGGUGAAUCUAAUGCAAAUAUUACACUGAAUUUCCAAGAUACAGAAAAAACUGAGCCUGCUGGCAAAGCACCAAAUUUCACAGAAAAACCUAAAAUAGCACAAGAUGCAUCAGGGAAAAAUAUCCACAUGGAGUGUAGUUGCAUAGCUGAUCCAAAACCCACAAUUACUUGGUAUAAAGGCAGCACCCUUUUGAAAGAAAACAACAGAUUGAAAUUGAAAACAACCCAAGAUAAAGAUAAAUAUACCUUUAUGUUGGAUAUAUUGAAUUUCACUAAAGAUGAUGCGGGUGUGUACAAGGUGGUCGCUAAAAAUGCACAUGGAGAGGGCACUGCAAACAUCACUCUCAACUUAGAUGCCCAACAAAAGGACAAAGAUGCAGAGAAAGAUGCAGAAAAAGAUAAAGAGAAAAAGACAAUAACGUUAACAGAUAAAGCCACAACUAAAAUUGAACUGGAUAAAAAGCGAGUAACAUUUGAACAGAAAGUUGAUAGCAAGGAGAAGCCAACUGCCCAAUGGUUUUUUGGAAACAAUCCUUUGAAAAGUGGUGGGAGAUACAAGAUGGAUGUGUCACAGAAAGAUUCAAGUUACUAUGCUAGCAUGCAAAUGGAUGAGGUCACCACCAAAGAUGCUGGUCCUUACAAAUGUGUAAUUCAAACACCAUUUGGUGAAGGUGUUCAGCUAAUGAAAUUGUCAUCAACACAACUGAUCCCUCCCAAAGUGAAGGGCGACCCUCCAAAAUUCAUCACAAAACUAACAUCAAAGACAUUCAAUAUAGGAGAGCCUAUGGAUAUUACACUUAAAGUUGCAGGAACUGAACCAAUUACCACCAUAUGGUAUUUUAAUGAUAAAGAAAUCAAAAGUUCCUCAGCUGCAAAUAUUUCUUAUGAAAGAGGUACUGCUCGAUUCUAUAUGUCCAAAGUAACACCAAAAGACGCUGGCGUGUACACAGUUGAAUUGAAGAAUCCUGUUGGAUCUGAAAAAGGAUCUGCAAAUAUGAUUGUUAAAGAGGACGAGAAGAAGAAGCAGAAGGAAGAAGAGAUGCAACGAAAGGAAGAGGAGAGAAAGAAAAAGCUGCUCCCAAGG